AUGUCCGAAGAGUACACGGCGGAAGACGUGUUCUACGAGAUCUCCACAAUACGGGACCCGGAGAAGCGGGGUUGCACACUGGCGGAACUGGGGGUUGUGGCACCUGAACGCUGCAGCGUCGCUUACGGCAAGUACUACGGCAACUCCUUUGUUGAUGGCUCAGAAGCUAUGCGUGGCGCCCGUGCCUCGAACCAAAUAGCCGUGGUGAGGGUUGUGUUGAAACCAACCGUGAUUCAUUGCAGUCUCAUGGCAAUUAUUUGCCUUUGUGUUUACGCUAGGUUGAAGGAAACCCUCCCGGCAUGGAUGUGCGAUUCGAAAAUUGACAUUAGUUUAGUUGAUGGUUCACACCUGCAGCAGCGUGAACUGGAGAAGCAGAUAUCGGACAAAGAACGGGUGGCAGCGGCGCUGGAGAACGAGGCGUUGAGAACGGAGAUGGACAGACUCAUGAAUGCGGAUUCAGAAUGA